AUGAGUAACCCUCUCGUGGUUAGCAUCUCCAACCUAGCGGCUUACACGCCGCAGGAGACCAUCGAGCUUGUGUCUCGUUCAGGCGUCAAAAGAGGAAAUAUGCGACCAGACAAAGUCUUUCUCUCUGCUGUCUCUGCAGGCUGUCUUCUUGGCUUCGGCUGUGGCGUUUCUUUAUGCGCCAUGACGGCACCCUGGUACGCCGAGAACGCUCCCGGCUUGGUCAAGCUUUUUGGCGCUGGUGUUUUCCCGCUUGGAUUGGUCCUUGUAGUGCUUACAGGCGCUGAUCUAUUUACUGCGACUACGAUGUUUACCUUGACAGCCGUUCUCCAAGGUCGGCUUGCGAUCCGAAAAAUGCUACUGCAUUGGUUUCUCUGCUUCUUUGGCAAUCUUGCUGGAUCAUUGUUCGUCAUGGCUAUUAUUAUGGGUUAUGGUGGUGUCUUCGAUGCAUGGCCCUACAAGGAUGUAGUUGUUUCUUUUGUUACCAAGAAGCAAAUCGAUCCUCAGGUUCACCAAAUCUUCCUCAAGGCCAUCGGCUGCAACUGGCUAGUUUGUUUGGCCGUCUUUCUCGGUGUCCAGGCAAAAGAUCUCGCCUCCAAGGUCAUCGGCAUGUGGUGGCCCAUCUUUGCCUUUGUGGUUCUCGGUCUUGAGCACGUUGUCGCCAAUAUGUUCUACAUGUCCCUUGGUAUUUGGCUCAAGACACCUGACCUUACCGUCGGACUGUACAUCUGGAAGGGGAUGAUCCCUGCCACUAUUGGUAACAUUAUUGGAGGCGGCCUGUUUGUUGGAGUUUACUACUGGUACAUGUAUCUGGCUAUGGAAGACCCUGUCAAGGUUGACGGGGUCGAGUACCAGGGUCCUACCGUGGAAUCUCCCCUGCAUUUCCUCUCCAACAGAAGGAAGAGUACAACAGACGAGGAGAGUAGAAUAGAGUCGGCACCUGUUUCUGUGCCUGCCAGUGUUGUUGCGAAGUAA